AUGGAAACCCCAAGCAAUAACAAAGAAUUUGAGGUAACGGGCGUCUCAAGAAGUGGACGCAUACGCAAGAAGUCAUCCAAACUAUUGGAUUUCCAAUCGCCUGACGAAAGUAUACAAAGGAAAAUGUAUAAACGAUCGAGUGGGUCGUCGAGUUCACGAUCUGCUGCCCGAAAUGGUGGUGGCAGAGGACGUCCCAGUUUGGCCACCCUAAAGGCACGCAAACAACCACGAACGUCAGGAGGACAACAAGCAGUUGCUGGUGAUCCCGAUGAUGUGGCUGAGGAUGAUGAUGAUAUGGACAAUGAAAAUGAGUUGGAUGACAAAAUGGACAGCACCCAGCCAAUGCAUAGCGAUGAUGAUGAUAAUAUCGGCGACGACGAUGACGUAGUUGAUGAUGAUUUAGAUGAUGAUGAGCAUUUGGAUGAUGUAUUGGCCAACAAUGCCACAGAGUCGGAUGAUGAUGGCUUUGGUGAAUUGGUGGCCGAUCUGGUGGGCACUGAGGGUGGUGGUGCUGCGGCAAUGGAACGGGGUGCACAAAAAUCCGAUUCAAAUGUUCGAAAAUCAUUGUAUAUGAGUGAAAAACGUUCCGGAAAAGAUGGAGGACGUUUGGAACGUAAAGAUAAGGGCAAGUCCCGUUACACAGCGUAUAGUUUGUGGGCUCGUGAAUAUCGUAAAACUGCAAAUUUCGGUAAGGAGGUAGAUUUCACCACAGCCCGUAGAGAAUUGUGGGCCAACGUAUCCAAUAAGGAGAAAAAUAAUUGGCGUCGCAAGGCAAAAAUACAGGCCACCAAAGCCAAGGCAAUGGAAAGGUCAGGUGGUGCGGCAAGAGAUAAAGCAAAACUGGAGUCAUCACCCACAGCCAGUGGGGCGAAUUCAACAUUUAUAAAUCGUCCCACCACAAGUCGUACCAAAAAACUACAGCUGCAAGCAGAGGAGAAACAAAAAGCCAAAGAAAGUAUGGAAACAAAGGUGUCCAACCAGACGCCCACCUCUCGGCGAACACGUAAUAACUCGUAUAAUAGAAAAUCGACGACAGCAGCAGCCGCCGCCGCCGGAGGAUCUUCAAAUAAAAAUUCAAAUACUGUGGCAUUAUAUGCCAAUGGUUCUAGCUCUAAUUAUGAUCUGAUGGCAGGAUCAUCAUCGUUAUAUAAUUCCAAUUCAACUCCACUUCCCACCAUAGAACCCAUUGAUGCAGCUGCCCAUCUCAAACUGUUGGGUGAAAGUCUGACAAUUAUUGGUGAACGUCUGAAAGAUCAUGAAGGGCAAAUUGCUGUCUCGGGUAGUUUGUCAGUACUGCUGGACAGUUUGCUAUGUUCACUGGGUCCCCUGCUGUGCCUUACCACAUGUCUGCCCGGUUUGGAGAAGAAAACUAAAUUGAAAACUAAUUUAGCCGUGACCCUGGAUAAUAUUGCCUAUGUUAUGCCGGGGCUUUAG